GUGACACCGGGCGGCCUCGAGGGGGAUGGGGCCCAGGCGAAAGGGGUAAUAGCGAAUUAAUUGCAGAUGAGAAGUAAUAUCCGUCUUUGAGUCAUCAGUCUUUGAGGCAUAAUUUCAUUCCAAAAGCUCUUAGAUGAAUGGUACAUCUUAUAUAGGAAAGCACUGCUUUUCCCACAGGAUUAUCAGAUUUCCUCCGGAGAAUACAGAUCCUGGAUUAUUGAGCUACAUGGGAUUUGCGUGUUUCUUUCUAAUUAGUCUGUGAAUCUGAGUGUAAAAUUCUUUAUUUGGAAGGGGGGGAUGGGAGUUAUAUGCUUCUAAAAGAACAGACAUAUCUUUUCUCUGACAUUUUACACAGUUUUUCUGGUUAUCCCGUGCUCUGUGCAUACUGCCUUAAUUGGAUAGUGGUGUCAAAGGUUGAUUAGAUUCCCUAAUAGAUUUUGGAUCUGCAAGAGGAUUGCAGUUUUAAAUGCGUGGUUAAAACAAUCAUGUUUGCCGUCUCCCCUCAAACAGUUGAGAGGAGGGCUGAUGUAUUACAUUUGCGUUAUCUUCCCUUUGGUUUAUUAAUGUAUCAUUGUGAGGUUGUCGGGUUCGGUUUUGUUGUUGUUUUUUCCCCCUCUGCUGUUUCAUUUGCAGACUGAAAAGCAAUGAAUGUCAGAGAGGAUUUGUUUAAUCAUUUAACAGCUGACACAAGCCAUGUCCCUAACAAAACGUUGGUGAAAAAGUGGUGAAGAAGAUUUCUGGGAUACAGCAGCGCCAGUACUGUGAAGCCGCUUCUGCAGGUCAGGAGCAGCAUUUGCUGGAGGAUGCCGUAGCCCAGGAGGUGACGCUUGUGGGGACGAGGUCGAUGGCUUGCAUGGAGCUUCUCUACCUGGCCGAGGAGAGCAGACAGGUGCCCCUGGGCACUGCUACUGGCUGGAGCCUGUCUCCGCAUCCCUACGAGCAGCAGCAGUGUGAGGGGGGUGAGGCGGACCCCAGAGCAGCCACUGCUGUGGCAGCCCUGCACUGUGAACGGCACUGCAAGCCCUUGCAGAGGGGCCCUGUGGCUGAGCCCCCCCUGGCUCCCCAGCCCUCCUCUGUGGGCAGCUCGCCCCAGGACCACCCUGCCCCCUCCAGCACGUCCCAGCCCUGCCACCCAGCCGAGCGCUUGCCCGGGGAAGAGGAUGGAGGGAAGAAGAAAGCCUGCUGCUGUGCCCAGGAACUCGAGACAUCGUUCACCUAUGUGGAUGAAAAUGUAAAUCUGGAGCAUGCAAGAAGUCCCCCUACUCCUACAGGUGGCCAGGAUGCUCCUCUGCAGCAUCAUUCCUGCAGGGAGCUGCCACCUGAAUGGGCACACGAUUCUCCUUCCUUGGUCUCUGAGGAGGAUGAUGCUGCCUCGGAGGCAGCAGCUGGGAAAUCCGUUGACUAUGGAUUCAUUAGUGCCAUUUUGUUCCUGGUUAGUGGCAUUUUGCUGGUGAUAAUUUCCUACGUGGUACCCAGAGAUGUGACUGUGGAUCCCAACACCGUGGCUGCCCGGGAGAUGGAGAGGCUGGAGAACGAGAGCGCAAGGAUCGGUGCUCACUUGGACCGCUGUGUUAUCGCUGGGCUGUGUCUCUUAACCCUGGGGGGCGUGGUGCUCUCCAGCCUGCUGAUGGUGUCCAUGUGGAAAGGGGAGCUGUACCGGAGGAGCAGGUUUGCAUCCUCCAAGGAGUCUGCCAAGCUGUAUGGAUCUUUCAAUUUUAGAAUGAAGUCUGGAGCAAAUGAUAAUAUGCUCGAGCUGUCGUUAGUUGAGGAAGAUGUGCUUGCCAUAGAUAAUUAGUGUGGUCAUGAUUUUUAAGGCAGCAUUUCUACGGGAAAAUAUGUCUCAUUAAAGAAAGCAGAUGCAGCUAAAGAUAGCUGGUAAUGCAGUUUAUUUGUCUGACAAGAAUGGUGUUAUCUUAAGCUCUAUAAUCAAAUGUUUGCAAUAUAUGAGUACUUGUUGUAAAGGGGAACUGUGCCAGAUGAAAUGCAAAUGAUAUAAAAUAAUGAAAACCACUGAAUAAAAAGAGACUUGUGAUAAGUAGGUUCCUCAGAUACUCGUUUAUCCUAAUAUAAAACAUUCCAUUGGUGUCUUGCCUAUAUAAUUUUCUUAUUACUCCCAUAUAGAACAAGAAUGACCUUGACAUUUUGGAAGCUUUUAAUUUUUGAAGCCUGCAGGAUUAUUAACAUUCUACUUGACAGAAUAUUAAGAAGCAGGACCAAUAAUCAAAUAGCAGGGCUAAUACUUCAUUAAGAGGUGCUUUUUUGUUCUUUAAUUUUAAGUAGAUCCCUUCUCUUCAAUUAAGUGACAGCUAUAGGAAGAAAGAACACCACUUGGUCAUGGCUGGCCACAAACCUCCCAUAUUUUCAAACAAUUGUACAAUUAGUGAUGAUUAUUUAAAAUAUGAAAUAAGAGGCAAAGGGCAGGAAACCAUAUGGCUCAUGGUGCUGGUAGGAGACAAAAGGCUCUUUCAGCUUGAGGUCAGUGGCUCUAUUUCAGUUCAGAUUAGCAAUGAUUGAUCGUCAUUAACUUCUGAUAGCUAUAGUGACCCAUAUAAAAGAAGUUUAGUUCCUGGUGGACAGAUGUCUUUGUAUGAAAACUGCCAUAACGUGAAUUAACAGACCUCUUGUUUGGAGUCUCAAAAGACCCAAAGACUGAAAAAGCCUGGGGAUGCUGAGACUGGACACUUCUUCAGUACACAUGCCAGAAGAAAUUCAAGCCCAGCUGCAGGGCUUUGCUUAUACUGGGGCUGUCUGCAUCUUAUUAGUCUUUUUUGAAACUUCAGGUUUAUGUCACUAGGCUCUCAACCUUCUCAUAACCAGCAAGGAAAGGUCAGGAAGGAGCUCUCUGAGGCUCAUUCAAUAAAACCCAAUUUAUUUGUAAAGAAUAAAUCAUCAGGAAAUAAAGAGGUUAAGUAUCAGGCAGUUUACUGGCUGACAGGAGACUCACUUAACAUAGGGGAUGAUCAAGGGUACAUGUUGCUAUUAAUCUCAGUUCUGUGGCACUGUAGCCAAAAAACUGUACCACUCAUGCUAUUUGCUUUAUUACCAGCCAGUUUUUGGGGAGUAUUAAUGUGUUCUCGUAGUGCUGGGAAAACCAACAAAAAUUGUUCAGUGCACCGCUGUCAGUUCUUACUAAGCAAUGGUAUAUAUAUAUAUACCUAUAUAUACAUAUAUAUAUAUAUAUAUAUAUCUUGUUAAUAUGUAUAUGUCUGUUAUGUGUGUAUGUGUCCCUGGCAAAGCCAAACAUGGGUGAAGAGCUCUGUCUGUGCAGUCUCUGACUGCAGUCUUAGAAAAAACAUGUGCUUCACUAUGACAGGCUUCUCAGUUGUGAGUUAACUCUAAAAUAUCAGGAAUAUGCAUUAUUUUUAAAAUACUUUUUUUUCCACUGUGACACACAGGAGAAUAGUUCUCUUGGGAAGGUGGUAGGAGGCGAUUUCCUUUAUACUCCCUUUACUCAGUAAUAUGUGGCAGCACAAAGUCCAGAAUAACAAGUGGGUGGUGGAAACAUGGGUUCCUCACAGAGAGACCAAAUGCUAUUUUGUCACUUCGUUCUUCAUUGUGCUUCUCUGGCUGUUUUUGUCAGGAGACAAAUGCAGCACCCAAGUCUGACUCAAUUAGUUCAGUCCCUUGUGCUUGCUGGCACUGUGACCAAAGGUCCAAGGAGCUGUCCUGCUCCAGGUUCAUGCCUUUGGUCAGUAAAUUCCAUAGUGUGGUACCCAGGAUUUAACGCUGGCCCUGCAAAAGAGAUCCUGCUUCACAUAUUCUCUGCUCCAGCUGCAGCUUUAGGUCAGUGUUACUGCAUAAUUAAAUGAGCUGCCUUAUUAGAGGGUGCUGCUGCCCAGUAAAUGAUUCUCCCAGUUUAUGUCAUGAUACACAGCAUGUUUCACAGGCAGUAACUCAGCAGUGACCAGCAUCUCCACAGUCGUCUUUGAAGAGCUUACAUCCUUCUGGCUGUGUCAUCAGAGAUUCCUAAUUGAAUCUCUAGGAUAAAUACAUGAAAUGUCUUACAUCUGGAAGCUACCUCAGCCUGUUGUGAUCAGUACAAGUGAGGAAGGAACUAGCCUGAGAAUCUGGCUGCAGAGCAGGAAAGUUCCUCUUUUGCUGGCCUUGGCUGGCAGGUGAGGUAUGUGAACACAGCCUGCAGAGCUUGACAUUUUUCUCAGGGUGGGGAGGUGGGAACAGCGCUUCCUCUUAUCCUGCCCUGAGGAUGGGAACGGGCUGGUCUUCCCAGGGAAAGCCAUGCCAAGCAAGAGGGCAGAUGUUGCUGAGCUAGGGUCAGCAAGGUGGUGUAGGGCAGGGCAUUGAUAUCUCGGGGGAUGAAAACCCUUUCGCCUGCCUGGACCCUGUGUUCUCACCUAUGUGACAAUAGCUCUAAACCUGAGGCUGGUAGUUUUGAGAGCUAUUAAUUUUUAUUUUUUAAUUAUACAUAUGCAUGAAAUUGGAGUACAUUCCAUUACUGCAGAAAGAUGUCAGCUUAAGCUGUACAGAUCACAGAUUUCUUGCAGGAACCAUGACAUGCCUUAAUGCUGAUUAUUAGCACUAGAAAAAGGAACGCUUCCCUGACUGUCAGUAUGUUAUUGUCAAGUGAGAAGUUUUCUGACACUUUGUAAAAUGCCUGUCACAGAUCAUGAACCUGCAAUACUUUAAUGAACCCUGAGAUUUUCCCUGAGCAUUUUAAGGAAAUAUUAGUCAACCUAAUAAUCUAAAUGUACACUGCAGAAGUGUGAGGAGUAAUAAAAUUUAAACGGCAGGACUAACAGAGUUUCUUUAUUUUUGUGUGUGUGCUGUGAAAGAGGUGAAGGAAGGCCUUCAAAGCACAGAAAUUUAGCAGAUAAAAAUGCUCGGGACAUUUCUCUGAUCACUUUAGAAAUUGCAGCAUGAUGUGAGUUAGUGGUGCAAUAUAAAACCUCUGGACUUUCAGGUUCUCGUGCUGUGAAACCAAACACACACAAGAAACCAAAGUGCUUGCUGUCUGGUGGCUGAUGGUGGAAAUGAAUGUAUGAGCUCACUGGGCGGUGGACAGGCCUUCACAGCAUUGCCCUCAUGAGAUGGUACCAAAGGGCGAGGCCAAGGGAUGUUUAUUGCCCCCUCAUGCAUCCUCGCAAUUUCACUUCCCCUGCUCGAAAUUUAAAUGCUUUAAAGGUACAAAUGGGAGAAGAAUUGUUGGUGUUUUUUUCACUGCCUGGGCUAAAGUUGUCACUUGCUUCAUUAGAGAGCUUUCUCCUUUUUUGGGCAACUAAAUUUUGGUAUAUACUGAGUGGGUUUUAGGUGCCCUCUAAAUAUCCAGAUUCUGAAUAUGAUUUCCGAGUACCCUGGAAACAGAACAGGAUUUGUGCCCUUAGUCAGUUUAUUUCUGACCAGCCCCAGCUGCCCAAUAUGACACUUUCCCAGUUUCUACCUCAUGACAUGUCUGCUGGCUGGGCCCAGCCCUGGUCCCCACCUUCCCACUGGGGGCGUCCGGGCUUCCCUGAACUGCGGGAAGGGAGGUGACAGCUGCCAGUGUCCGGCUCCCUGCUGCUCAGGCAGCUCCCUGCUCACCCUGUUCUCAGUUCCCUUUUCUCGGUCAGAGGCUGUGGCUGGACCUUGGGAGCUGCAUGGCAUCUGCUGGGGAUGCUCACCAAGACAGAGGCUGUCACCAUACCGUCCCAGCCCGCACGCUGCGGUGCCCAGCGUGUCUCCCACCAGCCUCGCCUGCUCCUGCCAGCCUGAAGCCAGCCCAAGAAAUGCCCAAGACUCUCCUAGGAAGCUACACUGGGUUGUUGCUGGGUUUUUAUGUGUUUACAAUUUUUUAGUCUUUGUAAUUCUUUUAAAAAUCUGUCUGCAAUGAGUAUAGUGUUUACUGACUGAGAAAGCAACUGGUUUAAUUUUGUAAGACUCUCACAAGGGGGUGAAAGAUCACAGUCCAUCAUGAGCUGUUCAGUAGUGCAUUUGAUGCCUUAUUACAAUCGCAGCCGUGUUCUGUACAGAUUCAAAAAUAAAAAUCUAUGAAUUUGAGUCAUUGUGGGCCUCUUUGCUCCUUGCUGAUUGCAGUGAUUGGCUCUUCUCUCUGUGCCAUGGGUGCAGUCCCCACUCCUCAGUGGCAUGGAGCCCAUGUAGGCAGCAGGGCCACCUGGCAGAGCCAGUGCUAGAUUGAGCUGUGCCAGCACACCAAGCCCAUCCCCAGCUCACCCAUCCAUCACAGCUCACACCUCCAUCAUGUCCCUGCUGCUCUUCCUUCCCAAACAGAAGUGCCAAGCGAUGCAGUUUCAAAGCCUCCUGCACUCGUGUCCCACCCAACUCCACACAACCAGAAAAAAAAGAGAAAAAGCAGGUGGGAGCAGCCACGGCUGUGUGAGCAGGCAGCUGGGGAGGUGCUGUGUCAGGGAGUGGGUGUUGAGCCCCUGCUCACCAUCACCACAUGCAUGACCACUUCAGUAUCACAUCCUCAUCUUGGCCCAGCUUGGCCAUGGCCAGGGCAGGAGAGCAGAGAGUGCUGGGCCAGCACCAGCCAUGGUGAUGAUGGGUGGGUAUGUGGUUCCCAGAAAGCCCUGGAGGUGAUGUGUGGUGCAGGGAGAUGCAGGAGCUGUGUUCCUGGAGCUCUGUGGGCUGGGCAUUGCCCUCUCCCUCCAGAAGAGCUGUGUCAGAGUGGGCAGCACUCAGAGGGUGCUGGUGGGAGCCAGCAGCGACUGGCACCAGCAGCUAAGCAGGACCUCCAGGGAGCCACAGUUUUCUCCUGGCUUUUUUUAUUUCUCUCACGUCCCCAGUGUAUGUCAGUGAAGUGCCUUAAGCACCUUUGACAACCUGUACUCCCUCCCAAACACAGUUCAAAGGUAUGCCACACAGGUUGUGCCUCGUCAGGUCACUUUUCGUUCUGCUGUGACAGAAUCAGACCCUUUCCUGCCGCUGUCUGUGAAUCACCAUGUGGGUGGGAGCGCUGUGGUGGGUGUGGAUCCAGGCUGGAGCACGGACUGUCUACUCCUGUUACCUGUUAGAACAGAGUACAGCAAGGCCCCCGUUUGCCACCCAGGUUUCAGGCUGUUACUGCUACAGGAGUAAUAAAGGUGUCCCAGAAGUGGCCAAAUUGGCUGCAGUGGCUGCACUGAUGGCAAAUGCAGGCUGUGGUGUGCAACUGAUGGUUAGCAAGGGGUUAAGAGAAUAGAUGUAUUUAUAGAUAUGACAAUCCAUCAGCUUAAAGACCUGGGAGGCUUUCUAACUGAAAGCAAACACACAAAUUCAUUUUUACUCUUUUUACAGAUUGCUUCUUACCAUUUUAAAUUUUGAAGGAUUCAGUGUCAUACUAUAUUCACAGGGGUUUUUUUUCCCCUGUGUUUAUGCAUCCUGGCAAGGUCAAGAGUCAUAUAGGCUGCAAGGAGGAAUGGUAACCGUGUCUGGAAGAGCUCUUGAGAGGUCAUUUUCCAGUCUUCUGGAACAUUCACCCUCCAUCAGUCCUCAAAGAUGAUUACUCAUGGUUGUGAAAUUGCUGCUCGAUUCUCUGAGCACUCUGGUGUGAAUUUUAUAAGGCUCACAUGAUUUGCAGAUACAUUAUGUAUCUAUGCAGCCUCUUCUGCUCUCUACCAGCCUAGGUUCUUAAGUUCUGAAGUCUGUGGAUAGUCUGAAUACUUUUAGAUUUUUUAAUGAGGUGAAGAAAGGUUGAAGCACUUCAGCCUUCUCAAUGUCAUUUUCAGUUGUGCCCUGUCUCACUCCCCACCAAGCAGAUAACUUGUUCUUUCUUUGCCUUUUUUCUUCUUUCUAGUAUAAAUAUAGAGCACUUACUCAUGACCUUUUUUUCUCUUCUAUGAGGAUGCCACUUUCUUACCUCUCCAAAAUAAAUUAAAAUUAUUAUUUAUAUAUUAGAAUUUCCCCAGUGGGGAAAUGUCUUAAAUUUUAGGUCAUUGUUAUGGUUAGCCAAAUCCAUGUUUCCAAUUAUUAUUUUUCUUUCACAUUUUCACAUUUCAUAGAUGGUAUUUUGUUUCCUUAAUUUUGGUUAAGAAUGUGCUAAAUUUUCCUGAAUGUCUUUUCCCUUUAAACUUCUGCUAUGUGGGAACAUACUAACCAGUGCUUUGAAUUUGCUGAAGUUUCUUAUUCCUUGGGACCACUUCCCUGGAGAUGGAAAUACUCUAUUAUAACGGCCCUAUAUUGUGAGGGGUUUUUUUGUACAGCUGAGCUCAGUGAACAGCCUGGUGACUACAAUCCCCACUCCUGCCCACCUCCGUUUAUUCCCCACUCAGCCUUUCUUCAGUGUGGGCAGCAGUGGUCCAAGGUGGAGAUUUUGUGUUAGUCUUGCUUUUUAAGCCAAGCUGUGUUAUUAAGGAAAGGCUUGUCUGUGGGAUCAAAUUACAAUGCACAGCCAUUGAGAUGGGAAAUGUCUUCACUUAAACUUCACAGGAUAUUGAAACCAGUCUUAGCAAAGAGGCGAGUUAGAAGCAAAAAUCAAUAUUGGACAAUGCUGAAAUGCCUCUGUUCAGCUGCUGUUUUAAGUGCCUUGUACAGACCUUUCAAAUCAUGUUGCCAACAAAUGGAGGAAAUACAGCUUUUAAAAAGUCAGAGAAUUAUUAAUAGUGUGCUUGACCUCCAGCUCUGCACAGUCUACAAAAAAAGCAUCAUUUUUCAUAUGCUGCUGCCUUAUGCCUAAUUCUGCAAGCCCUGUUGGGAAGCAUUGCUCAUAGGAGAAGUGCAGUCAGAGAGUGAGGGUCAAAGCUUUAGAUCCAUGAUGGACUGUGGGCGGGAAAGAGAGCAGGAACAGCUCAUGGUCAGCCCCUGAACAAAAAGGGAGGGUUGCAGGAACCCUACACCUCAUACAUCAUUCACACACUAAUGGUAUUUCUUGUCCUCAUGCGUGAGAGAAGAAAAUUAACUGUGCAGAGGUUAUGCUUGCAGCUUUCCAGCAGGGAUAGAGAAGUAUGGAGAGAAGCAAAUGUCAGAUGUCUUCAUGAGAAAAUGAAUACUCUAGCCACUAUCCUGGUGUCUGAGGAGUGAUUGGGGAACCAGCACCUCCAAUUGUGCUCCCCAGCAGGCUAAUCUGUUGCGCAGCAUUUGUAGCACAAAGAAGCAGUCUGAACCUUUAUUAACUUUAACCACUGCCUGAGUAACCUAAAGUGACAAUCCAUCUCUCUUAUUGCUGUUAUUAAGUCAGUUUUGGACAAUGCCUUAUCAUCUGCAGAAAAAAAUACAGAGGAGAUAUAAUGCAGGCAGCAAGUCUCUAGGUAAAAUUAGGCUGUCUGAGAAGGGGAGAAGAAUGCUGCAUGCUGCGCUGAACAAAUCUUUGCAUUGAUUUCUGCAAACAGAGCCUUUCUAGGAGCACCACAAAUGCAUGUAUUUAUUUAGUGCUUGGUUUCAAAGAGCUGUCAAUCUUUCUCUAUCCAGAUAACUCCUGUUUGUGUUCAGGUCUGGGGUGCUCUAGGGUCAUACAUUAUUUCUGCUUGUGCUGUUCUUGCUUUUUGCUUUGAUGCCAGCUCUGCAGUUCUUGGUCAGCCUCACGCAGCCACGUGUGCAAACAGAACCACUCCUGCUUGGUGGCAGUGGGCAGUGGCCAGGUGACACAUGGCUCUGCUGCAGCUCCAAGAGUGCACGUGUGAGCCCAGGAAAUGGAAUACCUGUUCUCAUAGAGAGUUUUAAAUAAUCAUUUAAAUGUGCAUGGAGAUCUCAUUGAUACAUCAUCUGAGAGCACAAAUCUCAUCUGUCUGAGGGCAUGCUGUGUGUGUGCUCUGUGGCCCAACAAAGAACUAGUUCCUCCUCUUUGACUGUCCCACUUAUUAUCUGGUUCUGUGCCCAGUGCAUAGGAAUAAAAGACAAUUCUUUUAUACCUCCCCUUCAAUUCAGAUGGGAUUAAGCCUUCAUUUCAGCUAGGUGGCUGAGGUAGCCUGAGAUAAAAUUUGAGGCCAGUAAUAAGUUACUACUCCUGCACAGAGCAAGAUGAAAGGAAAGUAGUUGUGAAUUGGAGAGAUAAACAGCUCCUGGGGGUGCUCCACAGCAUGGCAGUAAUAGCUCAAGUCUGUGGUUUAAAAUCACUGCCUUAACUACAGUAAACAGAGCUGAUUUUAGUGGCUUUUUUUUCAAGGUGAAGGCUAGAAGGCAGGCCAUGGAGGACAGAUGUGAAAAAUUUAUACACUAUUUAAGAAUCCUUCACUGAAACUACCCCACAUUCCAUUAAAAGUUCCAGGAUACCUAACAAUAAGCUUGAAUAUCUACAGUCACUCACUUACCCACUGGAUGAACCAAUGCAUUGCAAGGUCUGUAUCCAAACACCUCAGGAGUUGAGUUUGUCACAGAAAUACCAUCUUUUUUACCUUGACCUCUUGUGGGAGCACUAAGUUAAUUUCUAUGUCCACACAGGAUCACAUGAUAUUUACUGUCAUUUAUAUAGGACAAUGUUUUGUUUAGUUCCUCUUCAAAACAAGAUAGUUUACCAUACAGUUACCUGUGCCUGUUACUAUUUUACCUCAGUGAGCAGAAGGGGGAAAAAUAAGAAAAUAAUUUUGGUUUUGGUUUUUUUUUGUUUGUUUGUUUUGUUUUUGUUUUUGUUUUGUUUUUGGGGAUUUUUUUGUCAGGGAAAGUAUGUGGAACUAAAAAAAAGAAAAUGGAAGGGAGGUGAAGGUCUUGUCAGCAAGAGGUAGGAAUAUGGAUUUCAUAAAGUUAAUGGCUUCAGUCAAUAAUUAUUGUGAAAAUAGAUUUUACAAUUCAUAUUGAAUUGUUUGUAGUCAGCUUGAUUGAUGCUGUUGUAAUACAGGAGGCUAAUCAAGACUGGGAAUCAAAGAAAAAGAACCAAAAUCCAAAGGCAAGCCCUUACAGAUUAGUCAUUCUUUAUACCAGUAAGCCAAUUUAUCAGCAGUAAUAAAAAGUCCUGACUUUGAAAAUAAUGGCUAACUUUCAUAAAAUAUGUCCUCUAGUUUCAUACAGUGUUUUCAAAGGUUCCUAUCUUUUGUCUGUUUUAAUGGAAGGGAUAGUCAGAUGCCAGGAGUUUUUUACACUACACUGUUUAAGACCAAUUAUAUUUCCAGUUACUUUGUAAAAUUUAGUUGCUUUGGACAGACCUUAAAUCCUCUCUCAUGUCAUUCUGUUGUCUUUCAGAAUAAAAGUUGAUUUUGCAUUUAAUUCCAGAACACUCUAUAUUAUUCAAGUUACCCUAAGGGCACAAAUCACCUGAAAACCUUAGGUAGUGUCUUCAUGAACUGCUGAACAAAUCCAGCCAUCUUGUGAUGCACCAAAAGAUCUUGUUUUUUCCUUUUUAUACUUUCAGUCCCCCCCAACCUCUCCCAGCCUUGCAGUCUCUCUCUGCCUUGUACAUCAGUCCCCUUAUACACCAAUGGUAGGCCCAGACUAUUUCAUUAUUAUUAGCAUAAUUUUUAUCACUUAUUUCCAUUUUAUAUGACCCAUUUGCUUUACAAUAUAUUUCUCCUCUUGUUCAGAACUAGCUCCAGAACUAGUUAGAGACUCAUGAGCACCUUGGGGACAAUCAGAUGCUCCUGGGAGCUCGUUCCUCGGGGCCCAGCUGUCUGUGCAGGGACAGCCAGAGCCUGGCUGAGCUGUGCAGGCUGCCCCAGGCAGCACAGAGCUGCUGCAGGAGGGCACAGCGACUGAGCCCUGUGCUGUGCCUCUCAGCACAUCACACAGCUGCGUGGGUCUGGGCUGGAAGUGUCUCCUGCAUGCUUCAUCCAGGUCUGGACAGAGGCAGCUCGAGUGGAGUGCAAUUGCCUCUGUGUCCUUUUGUCCUUAAUCAUCACUGCAAUUGUCCUCACUGCUCUGCCAGCUCUGCUUGGAUCCUCAGCCCUCUCCCUGUUCAGCACCUCCUCUCCUGUUAAAUUUAUCUCUCUUGUAUUACUCACUGUCUCUUUGCUGUCAUGAGCUGCAUGCAAAUGCUGGGUUUAUUGUUUGAGAUAAUGCAUUCCUGCUAUCUCAAUGAAAUAAGUAUAUUCCAUUUGUUUAUUAGCUAAUUAAACUAAUCUCUAGAAAACCUUCAGAAUGUCUUCUGUUCUUCUGCAGUGAAGCUAAUUUAUCUUUAUAGUGCUGGCAGUAGGAAAAUGGUCUAUAUGCCCUGCAGAAAAGUUUGAGAUUCAUAUGUUUUUAUCCCAACUGUUUCACAUUAUAACCUAAAAGUCAGAUUUGGAUAUUCAGGAAACUUUGGUGCUGAAUGAUCUGCAGUGAAAGAAACGUAUGGGAAGUACAAGCAUAGUCUGAUCUUACCUCUCAAGCUGACAUAUUAAUAAUUUGACAAAACAGAUAUUGCUUAGAAGUUAAAAAAUAUUUUGCUCAGAAACGUCUCCCAAUGACUGUUUGUUUCCUUUGAGCUGAUCACUGGAUGGCACUCAGUGUGCCAGGGUGCUUUCAGAAUUUCAAAAAAAGUGCUGGUAGAGAAGAAUCCAUUUCACAGAAUUGUGGUAGAGGCUGGUGGACAUCUCUGAGCUCAUCUGGUCCAGCCCCUGCUCAAGCAAAGUCAGUGAGAGAAGAUUGCCUGUAGCUCAUCCAGUUCACUUUUGAAUAUUUCCAUUAAAGGUGACUCCACAGCCUCUCUGGGAAGCAUUUUGCAGUGUUUGACCACCUGCAGAGUAAAAAAAAAAAAAAAAAAAAAAAAAAA